AUGCUCUACCUCCUCGACUAUGGAGCUGGCAACGUGCGGAGCUUGGCCAACUCCAUCCGAAAGCUAGGAUACGACUUUAAGUGGGUCCAGAGCCCAGAGGAUCUCAAGCAUGCUACGAAAUUGCUCUUCCCAGGAGUGGGUCACUUCGGUCAGGCGCUCUCCUCGCUUCGGUCGCAAGGCUACGCCGAGCCGCUCAAGGAGUACAUCGCCUCAGGCAAGCCAUACAUGGGCAUCUGCAUCGGUAUGCAGGCUCUCUUCGAGUCAUCCGAUGAAGCUCCUGGUGUAGAGGGUUUGGGUGUGUUGCCUGGCGCAGUAGGCAAAUUCGACAGCUCCAACGGCCAAAAGGUCCCUCACAUGGGAUGGAACAGGGCUACCGCCGUCAAGGCAGGUGCCGUUCGGUACGGCCUGGCCGAGGACGAGGUUACCGGUGAGAGCUCUAGUCGGUCAAGUGACCACUUCUACUUUGUUCACUCUCACCGGGUGGCCUUCGAUCCCAACCUUCACGAGGACUGCGCCCUCACCUUGACGCAGUAUGGCUCAGAGGUGUACCUCUCCUCUGUACAAAAGGGCAACAUCUUCGCUACUCAGUUCCACCCCGAGAAGUCUGGAAAGGCGGGACUGGAGCUUCUGAGAGCUUGGCUUUCGCAAGGCGAUGCCUCCUCGUCUACCGGCAAGUGGCUGAUGGAGCCCUCACAAGCAGCCAAGCCGCGAUCGAAAGAUGGCCUGACAAAACGAAUCGUCGCUUGUCUGGACGUGAGGUCGAACGACCAAGGCGAUCUUGUGGUCACAAAGGGAGAGUCUUACGAUGUUCGAGAAAAGGCAGAGAGCGGCUCAGCUGCCAAGGCUACAACGGGCUCGAACGGAGAAGUCCGCAAUCUCGGCAAGCCGGUGGAUCUGGCAAUGCGGUACUACCUCGAAGGAGCAGACGAGGUGACUUUCCUCAACAUCACCUCUUUCCGCUCAUCGGCACUACAAGACCAGCCGAUGCUUGCCAUGACCGAAAUCGCAGCCGCAACCAUCUUUGUCCCCCUGACGAUCGGAGGAGGCAUCAAGGAUACAGUCGACCCAGACGGCACUCCUCACUCUGCCUUGGAGGUCGCCGAGGCCUACUUCCGCGCCGGAGCAGACAAGGUCAGUAUCGGCUCGGAGGCCGUGACGGCCACCGAAACCCUCCUCGCCGCCUUGGCAGAGGGCGAGUUUGACCCAGUCAAGGCUCCCGCAUCCGCUCUGACUGGCCAGACGGGAAUUGAACGCAUCGCUGGCGCAUACGGUAACCAGGCCGUCGUGGUGUCCAUCGACCCUCGGAGAGUCUACCUCGAGGAGGGAAAACCUGCUCCACCUGCCCACGCCUGGUCGGUGGUGAGCGAUGGGGAGCGCUCCUGGUGGUACGCCUGCACGAUCAAGGGCGGGCGCGAGACGAGGGACGUGGAUGUUGUCCAGCUGGCACGGGCAGUCACAAGGCUCGGUGCAGGCGAGCUACUGGUCAACAGCAUCGAUGCCGAUGGGCAAGGCAAGGGCUUUGACCGUCAGCUAGUGGACCUCGUGCGAAGAUACACGACCGUCCCCGUCAUUGCCUCUUCAGGUGCAGGUCAUCCCUCGCACUUCACCGAAAUCUUCACUCCCAAGCCUCUCCAAGCGGGCGAGUCGGGGCAAGGUAGCAGCGUCGAGGCUGCUCUUGCUGCGGGCAUCUUCCACCGAAAGGAGGUGAGCAUCGAUGAAGUCAAGGCGGAGCUGGAGAAGGCCGGGAUGGAGGUGCGAAGAGAGACGCUGGAUACAGGGGCAGCUGCAGAGGUGCAGCAGGCUCAAGGGCAGGAGCUGGGGGAAGAGAGACCUUAG